AUGGGACAACUACCGGAAGCAAGAUUGAAAUCAUCUCCAGCUUUCAAACACGUUACGAUAGACCUUUUCCAACCUUACUCGGUGUGUGGAGAAGUACAGAAAAGAACAAGUGGUAAAGCGUACGGAGUAAUUUUCACAGAUCUAGUUAUGAGAGUGUAAAUUUAUAUAUUGUAUUACUCCGAACACAUGUACAAUAAUAGUCUUAGUCUUCAAGUUAAUUAUUAAGCCCGAAGGUCCAUGCCUAAUAGCCUGCAAACAGGCUUGCUAUUUACGAGUAUCUAUUUCAAUGUAACUAUAAAUGUCAAUAUAUCACAAGAGCAGUCCACAUUGAAGCUGUGUUUGGGCACGACACCGAUCAAGAAAGAAAAUUUGACAAGUGAAAGUAAUUUGAGGACGUGCAUUCAUAAGUGAUAAAUUGAUGAUUGUAUAAUAAAUAAAAAAAAAACAAUUCAGAGAACUUGUUUGCCAAAUUUAUGAUGUCUCAACCUGGGAGAUUUUCUAAUCAAAAGGGUGUAUUGAAAGCUCUCAACGAUGUGAGACGGCGAUCGGGCAAGAGAGUCUUCACUUCUUUUGACGAAUCAAAGCGGAAAGAUGUUGACGAUGUUUUGGCAAAGGAAGCUAUUAAUGGUUUUAGGGUUGAUGCUUGUACUGGUGCUUGUGGUAAGUGUUGUGAGAUUGAUGGCUGUUGUGGAAGUGGUGCUUGUGGCGGUGAUGUUGGGUGUGGCGGUGCUGAUUUUUGUCCUGGUGCUGCUGGCGAUUGUUGA